UUAAUUUUUUAUCAUGAUUCUAUUAUUUUUAUUGUUAUUUACAAUGACCUUGUAUCUUUUCUUUUUUUCGGCAUUUCUACGACAUUCAUUAAUGCUUAUUAAACAAUCUUUUCCAUCAUAAAUCAAUUGCUGUCGGUUGUUGCAAUUAUUAAUUAAUACUUUUUGAAAUAGUAAGUAGAUGUCUUUCGCUGAUGGAAAAGAUAUAGGUAUUACGGGUUUAUAGUGUUCAGCGUCACGCAACCGCGAGCACGAAUAUAAGAUCUGCGCAGGUAUAAACCUAAAACUUUGUUCCAGAUUAUCGCAUUUUCACAAAACUUAAAACGUAUUAAAUAACUUAUUUAAAAUACAUGAAUUGUUGAAACAAAUGAAAUUGUUUAUAUUAUACAUAAAUUGUUAUAAUUACACAGUUAAAUAUUUUAUAUGAACAUAUGAUUUUGACAAACAUAUUUUGAAGAAUUUUUAAAAAAUGUCUGCAUCUUUUAACAAGUGCGUUCGUCGUUACAACAUUUCAACAAAGAAUUGUUUAUUUGAAAGUUUAAUUUCUUUAUCAAUUUUAUCGAUAAAAUUUUGUUUAUAAUUAUACCAAAUAAUUUUUUCUUAGUAUUUAAAAAAAUAAAAUAAAAAUGUUUUGUGAAGUGUCAAAAUCUUGCUACACAAUUUUCGUUUUUGCAUUAAAAUAAUAAAUAAAUAUAUUUAAAUAAUAUACAUGGAUGAGAGUGGGAGUUAAGAAUUUGCAAGAAGUACCAUUACACCUUGCACUAAUACAAAAGCGAACCAACCCCAGCGAAUAGCUUACUUCACCCCCCACCAUUCUGUAACACUAUUGGACUAUAAUUCGAGAUAUGCGAUAGGAAGAGGGUGUCUCCUCCCUCUAGGGCGUUUAAAUACAAUUAGACAUAUACUCAUAGGAAAAACUAGUGGGGGGCAAAUUAACAAUCCGGACAUUUAAAGGCCGUGCGUAACUCGGUUGAUAGUUAGUAGACAUUUUCACUUCAUUUGGUGGUUACCAAGAUCUAUAGAAUUCUAAGUAUUUUUCAUUGUUAAAUCACAACAAUUUUGAGUCAGAGUUCUUAGUGGCGAAAAAUAUUAGAACGUUUUUGUGAAUCUUUUACUACGGUCUUGGAUCGCAAUUCUUAGUGCUUGAAGCCAAUAGAAUUAUCAAUUAAUUUCCGAAAGUAUUCGACAUCAACUUAGGUCGAAUAUUACAAAGUUUGAAUUGUUUUUAAAUAAUACUUAAUUUAUAAAACGAUGUAUCCCCCAAUGGUAUCAGACAACUCAAUGAUGAAUCUGGAGAAAUUCGGAGUAUCGAGUUCAUUACAAAAUCGUCUCCCAAUCGUCAGAGCAGUUACUUUUUUGAGGAAAAAUGCUAUGACCGAGAUUAUCGAGUUAAAUAAGUUUCCUGAAAAAUGUACAUCGAUAAUAAAAUAUGUUGAAAUUGCCGAAUCGGAAGGACGACUAUACAGUUUAGACAGGCACAUUGACGCCUCUUCUUGGCUCAAAAUAGUAAGUCUUGCGACGGAUUGCCACACCAAUAAUAUAUUACUAAUGCCCAGCGAAAAGGGGGUAGUAAUAAAAACGAUCAGAGAUAUCGCUCCAGGUGAACUACUAUUCUUGUGGUUCUCAGAAAAUCUUUUACUCGUAUUAAAUAUACCAUUUUUAAAUCCGCGUAAUAUUCAAGGACAAGAUCGAUAUAUUUGCCACAUAUGCCAUACCGUUUUCGAAUACCCAAAUCCUCUAAAACUUCACGUAUCCUUAGAUUGUGACCGGUUAGACCUUAAUUAUUUGUGGAAUCUUCUAUCGAGGAAAAUUUCUUCGUUAUCAAAUUUAUGUCCUCCAGCACCUUUCCGAUUUCAAUUAACCGCUCCCACGGCUAUAAUUUCGCCAAUUCUCAUCGAGCCUCCAAAUUCCCAUAGAUCCUUAAAUCCAUCACCUACGUCAUCUAAUCAGUUCUCUCCUUCAUCUUCGAAUCAACCUUCUCCUGGACAAAUUUCACCACACUUGUUGGCCUCGAUAUAUUCUAUCAGGCACAAUUUGUUAAAUCGACCAUCGGCAUUUAAACCAUACACAUAUAUGAAUGGACCCGACGUUUUAUCCGAUCUUUGUCCACCAACCGCGAGUAAUGAGAGACAGCCCGUAUUAGAAAGACAAUCGACUGCUCAUGCCGCAGAGAUUGAAACUAUUGCCAGUAACCUUGGAAAAUCUAAAGAAGGUCAUCUUUGUAUAUAUUGUGGAAAGAUGUAUUCCAGGAAAUAUGGGUUGAAAAUUCAUAUCAGAACUCAUACCGGAUAUAAGCCAUUGUUCUGCAAAUAUUGUCAUCGACCAUUCGGAGAUCCGAGUAAUUUGAAUAAACAUAUGAGACUACAUGCUGAUGCCGAAUCACCAUACAAAUGCGAAAUUUGCGGUAAAAUUUUAGUAAGAAGAAGAGAUUUAGAAAGGCAUAUAAAGUCGAAACAUCAAAAUAACAUUGAUACAACUUCUGAAACUUCUGACGACGAAUUGGAUGAUUAAACGAAACUUUCCAUCGGUAAGUUUUUCGUUAAUUCGUGAUAUUUUCUGCGAUUAUACACUGUUUAUUUAUUAUUCUUUAGUAAUUUUUAAAAUCACUA